AUGGAAGAUAGCAUUAGUGCAGCAAAGGAAAAAGAAAUACAGAAACUCAGGAAUGAAAGUAAAGAAUUAGACGAUGAGAUCUCAAGAAUGGAAAAACAAUACAAAGAAGAUGAAGAGAGGAAGUAUGGGAUAGAAAGAGAAGAAUUAAUGAGAAAGGUGGAAGAGAUACUCAAGACACUUGAAAGUAACAACGAAGAACAAAUGGAACAACUUAUUUUACAAGCACAAAAUGAAGUAAAGAAAAGGAUUUACCAAGAAAAUGAAAUUGUAGAAGGGAUGAAGAGAGAAAAGGAGGAACAAGAAAAAGAAAGGACAGAAAGAAUUAAGAUAAUGACGAACACAGAUGAAUAUUUCAUUGAGAAAAUAAGGGAAACUAAGUCAGGGUAUGAGAAAAUAAAAAAAGAGAAUGAAGAGAUUUCAAUAAGAAAUCAAAUGAUAGAAAAAGAAAUUAAAGAAAUAAAAGAGGAAGUGAAGGAAAGAAAAAGACGGAAGGAAGAAUUGGAACAAGAGAGAGAAAAGAAAGAGAAAGAAAUAAAGGAACUCAAGGCACAGAAAAACAUCAUCAAAAGUCAAAUAGAAGCAAUAAAAGAAGAUAAUUCAAUAAAACAAUGUUCAGAGGAAAAGAUAAAAGAAUAA